CGCUGUUAUGUGAUCCAUUUGAGAGAGAAAGGGAGGGGCUAGAGACGAGGAACGUAGUGAAUUGGAUGACACCGUACGAGCGCAAGAAGGUUGACAAGAUAACAUAGGAUGUUAAAGAAAAAGGAGAAAUCCUGAUUCAUCAAAAUAUUUUUUCAUUUUUUUGGAAUACAAGUCUAUCGGCUUGAAGCUUCUAUUUUGGAGUGUGGCCGUAUACUGUAGCCUUCACGUAUCGGUUAUUAUUCUUUAGCCUAUUUAUUUGCGGGGCCCUCUGCCAUAAUAAUGGCUCGACAGUAGCCUUGGACAAUGUGUUCAAAACGUCGGAUGUGUCUUUUACCGAGCAGAUCCCGUUAGAAUAUGAUUUUAACGUACCAAUAUAUACGGUAUAUAUGUGAUUCCCAUCAAAAUAAUAACGCGCUCUUCCGUGCGGAUCUAUUCGAAAUCUGGGCGAUUGUAAUUGUAUAGCGCAUCUCUACAUCCUUAUCUGGAUCUCUGUCCUAUUGAUGCGAUGGCCUUCUCUCUUCUGGCUAUCCUGAUAUUAUCUCUCCACGCUCUCCCAUCCAUUUGCUGUCCAGUGGGAUGUCGCUGCUACAGCCUGACUGUGGAGUGUGGCUCUACAGGCCUCCGGGACAUCCCCCCACAUGUCCCAGCUUCUACACAGACCAUCUUCCUUCAGGACAAUGCUAUCGGGCAGAUCCGUCGGUCAGACCUCUCCCAGCUGCGCCGUCUGCACUACCUGUAUCUGCAGAACAACAGUAUCUCAGCACUGGAGCCCGGGGCCUUCCAGAGCCAGGGUCAGCUUCUGGAGCUGGCCCUCAACGGGAACCGCAUCCACCUGGUCACAGCAGACAUGUUCAGGGGCCUGGAUCACCUCCGCAUCCUCUACCUGGCAGGAAAUGACAUCACUCGCCUACAGGACUAUACCUUCAGAGGCCUACAGCGUCUUCAAGAGCUUCACCUGCAGCAGAAUAGCAUUGAGAUGCUGGGAGACCAAGCUCUAGUUGGUCUGUCCUCUCUGGCCCUGCUUGACCUCAGCCGGAAUAACCUGCACACCAUCGGCCCUGCCACCCUGCGGCCCCUCGUCAGCCUGCAGGUGCUGCGUGUCACAGACAAUCCGUGGCGUUGCGACUGUGCCCUGCACUGGCUACGCAGCUGGAUCGAUGAGGAGGGCCAGCGCCUGCUGAGCUCGGCCGAGCGACGCCUUGUCUGUUCUGAGCCACCCCGCCUCUCCCACCUCAGUCUGGUGCAGGUGCCUCUUAACAGCCUGGUGUGCAUCCCCCCUCUGGUGCAGCUGGAACCCCGCCGCCUGGCCGUGCGCCUGGGGGAGAGCCUGCGCGUCUCCUGCCAUGCAUCUGGUUACCCCCGGCCGCAGGUCACCUGGAGGAAGGCUUCCCAGGGUAAGGUGCAGCUCUCCCCCCGAGGGCUGGUGCAGGACCUGGGCGGUGUAGGGACUGUGGGGGCUGAGGAUGCAAUACAUCCAGCUGCAGGACGGGUGAGACUCCAGAAGGAGGAUGGGGAGCGCUUCGAUCCAGACACAGGCAGUGGGAUGCUGUUCCUUAGCAACGUGACAGUGGCUCACGCCGGGCUGUAUGAGUGCGAAGCUUGGAACGCUGGAGGGGUGGCCCGUGUGACCUUUCAGCUCGCAAUCAACUCUUCGUCCUCGUCCAGUUGGUCCCCUGCCUCCUACGCUCCAUCCUGGCCUCGUCUGCGCUCCAAUCGGCCGACGUCGUCAGACGUGAGUCGAGAGCCCUUGUACGCCCUUGGCAGCAUGGCCUUCAGCGCACUGGGAGCUGCUACUCAGACUGCCAUCGCCAUAGGGAUCUCCCUGCUGGCCCUCACAGCUCUUCUCCUGGUGGCCAUGAUCUACAGCCGACAACGCCAUCGGCAGAAGGACACAGAUGACAAGGAGGAAAGCAUCCUGUAUGUCAAUGAUUACUCGGACGGACCAACAACCUUUGCCCAGCUGGAGGAGUAUCGGGAUGAGCGCGGGCACGAGAUGUAUGUUCUGAACCGGGCUAAACCCGUCCUCCCACCUUCCACCACAGCCACUACCACCACCCUGGGGUACCAACAGCAGGAAGCGCUGUCUCCCACAAAGCCCCAGAUAGAGCCGGAUAUACGGACAAUGAGAAGGAUGGCAGGGGAGGGCGGGGAGGCAGAGCCGGUGACAGCCGAGUCGGAGGGCUUGUUUCUGAAUCACACAGGCUUGUUCCUCGACUCACAAAUUGCAUAUGAGAUCCACUGCUGAAGGCCCCUAGGACGACGUUCACAAUGAGCUAGUCCAGAGUGCUUAAUGUCACUUGGUGACAAAACCUCCAGACUGCAAUGAGGGUUCAGAUGAAUCAUAAAUCCUGAUUGCUCUGGCUCCAAAGUGACAAGUUUGCGCAGCAGUAUGAUAUAAAGACAUGGCAGGAGACAUGCCUCCCUCAACCAAAACCCUCACUGUACUGUACCUUACUGUGAUAUGAGAAAAUUUGUCCUUUGUCCAGCUUGAACAUAUACUGUAGCUACUAUAGUAAGUAUGGAGAACCAUUACAGUGGACUGAGUAAUGUGUGGUGGAGAGACCCUUAUUGUGACACUUCUGCUGUUUAUAUAAAGUAAACUGUAAUAGGGGCCUAAACAGGCUCACCUAGUUGGACUCUGAGAGGUUUAGAAAUGUAAGAGGAAGGUGCAUCAUAAGUAUAUAAGAAAGGAGUACUUUGUGGCAGAAUACUGCUGACCAACCCGGAUCCCUCCAUCCUACAGCAAGUUACUUCCAAAGAUUUCAUCAAUCAAACAACGGUAUACAGUCAGUAAAACAGGCUCUCUCUCCUUCAAGUUCUGUUAAUUUCCUUACGUUGGUGACUAUAUGCACACAUGAAUGAACUGAAGAUAAGGAGAUGUAUUACAUUUUCAGGCAGUACCAUAAAUCAGUCAUCUCCUUUAACUUUAAAAUAAUAAUUUUUGAAAUAUAUGAAAGUACUGUAGGGCUUAGCUUUAUGAAAGUAUUUUUGUCGCUUGUACCUCAACAUGUUUUUUAGUUGACCAAACAAGGUAAACCUAAUGUGAUUCAAUGUGUGUGUUUUUCUCAUGAUCAAGUGUUUCAAUAGCAUUUAGCUUACUGUGUUUGCAGUAUACCUCAGCAUAUGUAUUGGUUUCAAUGGAAUCUGGUAAAAUGUCUGUGGUCCAGCACAAGAUUACAGUAGGUUUUGGUGUGUGACAUAUGCUGCAUACAUAUUUGCAGUGCAUUGCUGUAUGGCACUCAGUUGGAACUAUUUUCUGAAAUUCCACCAGGAACUACCAAAUCCACAACAAUAUUAGCUUUCAUUCAAACUGUGUUUUUGCCAUUCAGAUGUUGAAAAGUAUUUGUUUGAAAGAGGAAGUGCAGUGGACCCCAGCGCAAGCUUCCCCCAACAGCUGUAGGUUACAGGGAAAGAGUCUGGUAUCCCAUUGCAUGCUGGACAUUGGUGUGUUUGAGGCGGAGCAGUGAUAAAAGCAAUACAGUCUAGAAUUAAAACACUGUAUUGUCCUACCCAGAUUGUCACUGUAAAACUGCAUUUCAAGCUUUUAGUUUAAUAUCAGAUAUUUUGAAUACUUUUAUUUGAAAAUGAUUUAUUUGUGGUUUGUAUUGACAUACAGUUGAAGUCGGAAGAUUACAUACAUUUAGGUUGGAGUCAU